AUGGCUCGUAACCGUACUUCCAUCCAGAAGCGCUGCAACUAUGAAGAUACCCGACGACAGACCCGCAGAGAGAGACUACACCAACUUUGUGUAGAUGCCGCAAACGCUUCUAUAUCCAAUCACAACUGGAUGAUGGAUCCUUCAGUGACUGUCGCUUCUGAUUGGCAUCCAAACAGGAACCAAUUCGAGCCUCUGAAUCAUCUUCAGGAUCGCAAGAUGCAAUGGUUCGCCAGCCGCCGUUCGCGACGUAAAAGGACAAGGGAGUACAAGAGAAAAGAGCUCAUCGAUUUUCAGCUUGCUACCCUGGAUGCCGAUCUGUCAACUCGCUUCGAUCAUGUCAUCAGCACGAACAAGCACAUCUCCAAUGUUCAGCUACCGGAUCUCGACCUUUCACCCAUGCAGUUGGUCAAGUGGACACCCCCAGUGAUGUCUCCAAGACUUACGCCUGUGCCUCGUCUUCAACACAUCUCUAACACGGACUGGUCAAACCUUGAGAUCAGGUUCUCUCCACCAGUCAAGAAAACUUCAGCUACUCCGUCUCCAUCCCCACCAACGUCUCUUAUGACUGCGGCCGAACUUGGUCUUCUCACGCCAUUGACACCCAAAGUGCACCUACCAGAACUCAACAAUGGUUCGCAGGUUGUUUUCAAUGCUUCAGCCGACGCCUCGGUUGUCAAGUCGUGGAUAUCUCCCCCUGCUACACCCAUCGGUCAGAACUCAUACCUUGGUUUAAGCGCACAAGAAGACGACAAUGUCGGCUCUUCAUUUGUGGCAGCAAAGUUACCAUAUUUCCGUGAAAUUGAUCCAUUCGAUUUGACCAUCUCUUCAACUCUCGACAUGGGACCAAACGAGUACGACCACUUCGAGUCGACAUCACAGCCGGCAAGGUGUACCCUGUAUCGUGAAAAGGACGAUCACGAAAGUGAAGGAGUCUCUCUGAGUACCUUCCAGUCGCUGCGUAGUUGUGAGGAAGGCAGGAUGCCAGGUCUCAUGCACAACGAACCAACCAAUCCUCAGGCCUUCGCUCUAGAUGUCGAGUGGUCUGACGAGCCCGUCGUGGACUGGCCUUACGAUAUUGUUGGUGACUGGAAUGAUGAACCUUAUCUUGACUGGAACGGUGAACCUGUUGCUGAUUGGGUCGAUCAACCUAUCGAUGAUUGUUUCUCUGAUCUUGUCAUGAUCGAGUGUGACGACGAAACCUUUGACUGGACCAUCUUGUCUAGAAACAGAGCUUCGAGCGACUGCGCCUCGACUCUGUGCUCUGCCUCUUCAAGUAUGGAAAUCCUUCCGCUACCCCUGAGAGACUCUUUCAUGGAAGAGCGUUCUGCAUACGAAGAAUCUACUUACGAGCUAAUCGAGUCUGCACACGAAGAGCCUGCACGCGAGCUGGCUGAAGAUGAAAUGAACAUGCGCAGAGUAUCAAAGUCGGCCUGGGAGUCCGAGACUGACUUCUGUAUUCCUGCUUUCUUCUAG